AUGCCGGCGGGCACCGAGCAGCCGGGGGGCGCCGAGGAGCAGCCGCCCGCCCAGGGCCCGGCGGCGGCAGAGAGGCCGCCGUCCUCGGGCCGCCGCCGUCCGCCGCUGCUGCCCGCCGCCGAGCAGGGGGAGGAGUCCGGCGGCAGCCGGGUGCUGAGGGGCGGCCGGGAGCGGGGCCGGGCCGCGGCCGCCGCCGCCUCGGCCGCGGGGGGAGCCGCUGCCGCCGCCUCCCGCCGCCGUAAGGCCGAGUAUCCCCGGCGCCGGCGGAGCAGCCCCGGGGCCCGGCCCGCCGCCGAGCAGCCCGCCGCCGAGACGCCGCCCGCGGCCAAGAAGGCCCCCCGGGCCGGCUUGUUUUGGCUCCGUAUGCCAGAAGCCUCAGUGAAGGAGGCGGCGGGAUCUGUUUUCCCGCGAGGAGAUGACUGCAUCUCGCUGCUGCUUUAUUUCUGGAAAGCUGUUUCUUACACUUGCCUUUUGUAUUUUUUCAGGUGCACAGAUAAAGCAGCUGGUAAAGAUCCCAAAGAAGAGAAGGAAGAGGAGGAAGUUUCCAGUGUCCUCAGCCAUGGCUCUUCUGUCAGCACAGCCAGGCCUAGCAGAAGCUGGCGCAGCAGCAGGUCAGCUACUGCGGCCCGCCAGCGUGACACUGAGAAUUCGCGUGCCUCCAGAUCCAAGACUGGUUCCCUGCAGCUUGUUUGCAAGUCAGAGCCAAACACAGACCAGCUUGAAUACGAGGUCACAGAAGAGCAUCAGUCUCCAGCUGGAAUCAGCAGUGAUGAUGAUGAGGAGAUGCUUAUCAGUGAGGAAGAAGUUCCAUUCAAAGAUGAUCCAAGAGAUGAAACCUACAAGCCCCAUCUAGAGAAGGAAGCGCCAAAGCAAAGGAGAAAAGCUACCAAGGUGAAGGAGGAAAAAGAGAAACAGAAAGAGAUUAAAGUAGAAGUGAAAGAAGAGAGUGAGUUUCAGGAAGAUGAAGAACCACCAAGGAAGAGGGGAAGGAGGAGAAAGGAUGACAAGAGCCCAAGGCUGCCCAAGAGAAGGAAGAAGCCUCCGAUACAGUAUGUCCGCUGCGAGAUGGAAGGCUGUGGCACAGUCUUGGCUCACCCGCGUUACCUGCAGCAUCACAUAAAGUACCAGCACUUGCUGAAGAAAAAAUAUGUGUGUCCUCAUCCCUCCUGUGGUCGGCUCUUCCGACUCCAGAAGCAGCUCCUGCGGCAUGCCAAACACCACACAGAUCAAAGGGAUUACAUCUGUGAGUACUGUGCCCGGGCAUUUAAGAGUUCUCAUAACUUGGCGGUGCACCGAAUGAUCCAUACGGGCGAGAAGCCAUUGCAGUGUGAGAUCUGUGGAUUCACCUGCCGGCAGAAGGCUUCCCUCAACUGGCACAUGAAGAAGCAUGAUGCGGACUCCUUCUACCAGUUCUCCUGCAACAUUUGCGGCAAGAAAUUUGAGAAGAAGGACAGCGUCGUGGCCCACAAAGCCAAGAGCCACCCCGAAGUGCUUAUUGCUGAAGCGCUGGCUGCCAACGCGGGUGCCCUGAUCACCAGCACCGACAUCCUGGGCACUAACCCCGAGGCCAUUGCGCCGCCCACUGAUGGCCAAGGCCUCCCCCUUCUUCCCGACCCCCUGGGAAGUGCUGCCCAGGCAGAUUGCCUGCUGCUGAACCCUGACGGGAUGCCGAAGACAUACUGCGGUGGGGCAGAGCGCGUGAGCCUGGUGGCUGACGGCAAGCUCUUUGUGGGCAGCGGCAGCAGUACAAACCCGGAGGGGCUGGUCAUGAACACAGAGAUCCUGGGAGCCACCACAGAGGUGCUCAUCGAAGAUUCAGACUCCACUAGUGGACCCUAGUGGGCGGGGAGCACAUGGGUGCUGGGACAGUUUGGACUCUGUAUUUAAAAGGAGAAGAAAAAAAAAAAGGAGACACUUACUGAAAGAGAGAAAAGUUAAACAAAACUUACAGUACUAGUAAAUAACCGAAGGGUCUGCUCCCCUCCAGUGUGGAUCACAGCACAUCCUCUUUCUCCCAACCACUUCUCUCUCUCCCACUGCUCCUUUGUAGAAAGGGGCACAUGCUGCCAUUACCAGAGCAAGUUGGACUGAGCAACGGAUUUCUCCAAGGGAGGGGGAACUGCUGAAACCCUUUGCUCUACCCCAAACCAGAUGCCUUCCCGGCUCCUUGACGUGGCCCCACUCGCAAACUAGAAAGUGUUUGAUGUGCUCUGGACAAGUUUCUUAGGACUCCCUCUUGCCCCUGGUCCCAACUUCUAUGCAUCGCUGCACUCUGGUCCUUGCAGUCUCAUUCUUCCUCCCGGGGCUGGGAGUUUGGCUUGGCACUUUAGGCCCCCUCAGCAGGGUGAGCUGUGAAACAGCGCACGUCCCUCUCCCCACCGCGCUCCUCUGCUCCAGCUCUGGCAGGAAGCGGAGGGAACGCCCUGGCUCAUAGAUCAUGUUUGCUUGGAGAGGCCCGGGGGCUACGGGAGCCCUGCGUGGGAGAGGCAAGGAGGAGCAUCCCAGUUUGACGACAGUAAUUUGCACUUUGAACAUGUUUCGUUUUUGUGUUGUGGUAACAAGAUUCCUUAUUUAUUGAUUAAAAAAGGGUCGGUAUUUUUUAGUUACGUUCUUAGGGGGUGGGGGUGGAAGGGGUUCAGGCUAUUUCCCAGUAGGCUCCUUCGCACUAGCGAGCUGCAGGGAGCACAUCGUGCCAUCGUAACAGCAGCUGGGAGAGCCGAGGUGAAGGCGGCGUUCUGGAGUCAGAUGUCUCUUGCAGCUUUUCCAGAGUAGAGGGAGAGCCCCUGGAGAAGAGCCUGCUUGCAGUGGGAGUCUCUGCAGCAGCAUUUUAGCAGGAGGAUGAGGUGAGUGAUGGAACAGGGGCUGUUGUCUCCCUCCCUCCCAGGCUGGGGUGAGCUCCUUGCAGUAAAUGCUUUUUUUGCCUCCCCCUCACUGCCUAGCCUUUCAGGGAAGAACAUCGUUAGCCAGGAACUUGUUCUCGUGACUUAGGACAGUUGUGAGCUGCUUGCUGCUGGGGGAUGUUCUGCUCCUCGUCCAACUCUGCCUCUCCGUUCCAGGUCUAGACAAAGAUGCAGAAGCAGGGACUGGAUAUGGUUGUCUCAGGCUUGUUUAUCCAAGGCAAUAGACUGACGCGGGACUAAGGGGCCGUCAGCUUCUCUCCCUGCCCCCAUUUUGGGGGGAGGGUGUUGUGCAGUUGUGUUCUCAAAGCUUGUCUCUUCUGCGCAAACAACGCUGCUUUCCAUGAAACGUGGCGGUUCCAGUGUUGCCUGCCGGUGUAGUUAGGAUGGCUCUGAGCCCUUGGAAAAGUUUACAUGGGAUAUGAUGUGUCUGCUAUGGAGACUUGGAUCUUUUUGCUCUUAUCUGAAACUUUGUGUGGAGAUUCAGUGGCCUUGAAUUCGUAGUGUUUUUGGAAGAGGUGAAGAAUAACCUGGGCUUUUUGUUUGUUUGCUUGUUUUUUGGUUGGGUUUACAUGGUUGGGAGCAGAGCUGAAGUGUCUUGUCCAAGCACAAGAUCAGCUAAAUUAGUCUGUAGCACGCAGCAGCUACGCAAAAUCGGGUACUGGGGUCUGGAGAAUGGCAAUAAAACGUGGAAUUUAAUUGGAAACUUUUUACAGGAAACUGAACACCCACUUUGUCCCCUGUGGUGCCUGGAAAUCCAGCUGUGGUGCAAGCCUGGCAGCUUUUAUUGGGCCAUUUGUCCUGAUUUGCCCCCUCCCUUCCCCCCUUACACUGGUAUCUUUGUCAGAGCAAGAUGAAACACUUCUGGUGUUGGGGCGGUUCGUGGCUGAACAGUUUGCAACCCUGGUGUCUUAUGCCCUAGGUGUGGUCAUCCCAUGUCCACGUUCUUGCACAGUGGCAGCAGUGUGGCUCCCAUGCCUGCAGGAGAUGCGUCUGGCCACAAGCCUCUCCUGGAAAUAAGGGUGAGGGCCCAGUGUACCUGAAUGCAGGUCUUCUUGGACAGUGCAUGUCAGGUCCACAGUGGUACGGUGUUGAACUAAACCAGCUUCUUCAGCUGGGAUGAUCCAGUUUCUUGCUUGGAUCAAAUUAUUGUCAUUUCCAGCAGGAAGCUUUUGGGUGGCCAACCGGUCCUCUCCCCUUGCAAACUAAAAAGAAGCAGCGCAACGAGACGUGUUCAAACCCAGCUCUGAUGGUUUCACAGCCCAGCGGCGCGGGUCUUCUGUCUCGGGAGACUUGGGGCUGGCCGAGCUGUGUUAUGUGGUGGCACGUCUCCUGGCCUGGAUUCUGGCCACGAGUAGCAGAUGAGCUCGUGUGGUGCGGGUCGGCCCCCUCAUCCCCAUGCUUGCUGCUUUUCGUGCCCUGCCCCUGUGCCCUGUGGGAGGUGCGGAGCGGGCAGAGCCUUGCACAGAACACUAAAUGGAGAGCUCGGGGUUUUGUUUUCUGAGGGAUGGCACUAAAAUGCUUUUGGGUCAAGGGCUUGCUCACCUCUGGUGACGCGGCACCUGGCUGGGAGGCCAGGGAGGCUGCCUCGUCCUGUGUCUGCCCCAACCGCCCCGAGCGGAGCAAAGAGUUUGCCGUCGGCCGCAUUUCUGGGAUGCAGAAUCGAGCGGCUCAUUUGCUUCCUGGCCCGGACACCUCUGGUCCCUGCCACUCCCUGUCUUGUCCUUCCAUGCACACCUCUUGUAGCUCUCCUUUUUCUUUUUCUGGUCUCGGCCAGUUGCCUGUCUGUCCUCUAACCACAGCCUGCUAACCCCUGGCGCAGGAGAGACUGGUGUAGCUCCCUUCCCAUUCCCCUUUGAAACCCUGAAACUGACACAGCCCUCCUGCAGCUCCUUCUCUCCUAUAUGUCUCUCCUUCACUCGCAUGCAGUUUGCUUCAAUAAAUUAUUGUAGUAGUUUGCAAUAAACUUUUUUGUAUUUUUUUUC